UCCUCUCCUCUUCCUCUUCCUCUCCUUCCCGUCCAAUCAGGUGGUCGGGUGGGGGCAGGGUGUAGCAGCAGCACCAUUCCAGAGCAGAGCUGCUGCAUCUCCCAGAGCUAACAGGGAGCUAGCAGCAGAGAGGGAGGAGACACGCUCAGACCAGCCUCUGGUGUGUGUUAGUGUGUGUUGGUGUGUGUUGAAGUGUGUGUGUGUGUGUGUGUGUGGCUGCAGGAGUGUGGCUGUCGCAGACUAGCAGGCUGCUGCUCUCUUGUUUCACCACCACACUUUGUCCUCCCUUUUGAACCUUUCCACGGUGCUGAGCUCCGGCCUGCUUCCUCCUCCACUCCAGGAUACAGAGGGAUCAGCGAGGGGGGAACAGCAGAGAGAGAGAACAGCAGAGAGAGAGAACAGCAGAGAGAGAGAGAACAGCCUUCCUUCCCCUCCUUCUUUAACUCUCCGACCACCUCGUAGUCGCUGACGUCGAGGACGUGCAGGCAGGAUGAUAGCAGCUCAGCUUCUGGCCUACUACUUCACCGAGUUGAAGGAUGAUCAACUCAAAAAGAUCGAUAAGUACCUGUACUCCAUGCGUUUCUCUGAUGAAACGGUGAAGGACAUCAUGAACCGGUUCCGCAGGGAGAUGGAGAACGGGCUGGGCCGGGACACCAGCCCCACCGCCACCGUCAAGAUGCUGCCCACCUUCGUCAGGUCCAUCCCCGACGGAUCAGAGAAAGGGGACUUCAUAGCUCUGGACCUCGGAGGGUCCAACUUCAGGAUCCUGAGAGUCAAAGUGACCCAGGACAAGAAGCAGCCGGUCCAGAUGGAGAGCCAGGUCUACGAGACGCCCGAUGACAUCAUCCACGGCAACGGCUCCCGGCUCUUCGGCCACGUUGCCGACUGCCUCGGCGACUUCAUGGAGAAGCAAAAGAUCAAAGAUAAAAAGCUUCCUGUGGGAUUUACCUUCUCCUUCCCCUGUUCCCAGACCAAACUAGACGAGGCGGUCCUGUUGACAUGGACAAAGAAGUUUAAAGUCAGCGGUGUUGAAGGCAUGGACGUCGUGAAUCUUCUGAACAAGGCCAUCAAGAAACGAGGGGACUAUGAGGCGGACAUCAUGGCGGUGGUGAACGACACGACCGGCACCAUGAUGACCUGCGGGUUUGACGACCAGCGCUGUGAAGUGGGCAUCAUCAUAGGAACGGGAACCAACGCCUGCUACAUGGAGGAGCUGCGUCACAUCGACCAGGUGGAAGGGGACGAGGGCCGGAUGUGCAUCAACACCGAGUGGGGGGCCUUUGGGGACGACGGGUCCCUGGAGGACAUCCGCACAGAGUUUGACCGUGAGAUCGACAGGGGCUCCAUCAACCCGGGGAAACAGCUGUUUGAGAAGAUGGCCAGUGGGAUGUACAUGGGAGAGCUGGUUCGACUCAUCCUGGUCAAGAUGGCCAAAGAGGGGCUUCUGUUUGAGGGCCGGAUCACCCCCGAGCUCCUGACCAAGGGGAAGAUCGAGACCAAACACGUCUCUGCCAUUGAGAAGAGUAAAGAAGGGCUGAAGAAGUGCAUGGAGAUCCUGACGAGGCUCGGCGUGGAGCCGUCAGAUGAAGACUGUCUGGCCGUGCAGCACGUGUGCACCAUCGUCUCCUUCCGCUCGGCCAAUCUGAUCGCCUCGACCCUGGGAGGCAUCCUCUCACGACUCAAGGAGAACAAAGGAGUCGCACGCCUCCGCACCACCGUGGGCAUCGACGGGUCGCUCUACAAGAUGCACCCUCAAUACGCCCGCCGGCUGCACAAGACGGUGCGUCGCUUGGUCCCGGACUCAGAUGUCCGCUUCCUGCUGUCUGAGAGUGGGAGUGCGAAAGGCGCCGCCAUGGUGACGGCGGUGGCGUACCGUCUGACGGAGCAGGCGCGCCAGAUUCAGCAGACGAUGGCCGAGUUCCGGCUGAGCAAAGCGCAGCUGUUGGAGGUGAAGAAACGGAUGAGGCAGGAGAUAGAACGAGGCCUCAAGAAGAACACCCACGAGGAAGCCACCGUCAAGAUGCUGCCCACUUUCGUCCGAAGAACACCGGAUGGAACAGAGAACGGAGACUUCCUCGCGCUGGACCUCGGAGGGACAAACUUCCGCGUGCUUCUGGUGAAGAUUCGCAGCGGGAAGAAGCGAUCGGUGGAGAUGCACAACAAAAUCUACGCCAUUCCCAUAGAAGUGAUGCAGGGCACAGGAGAGGAGCUCUUUGACCACAUCGUGCACUGCAUCUCCGACUUCCUGGACUACAUGGGGAUGAAGAGUGCUCGCCUGCCGCUGGGUUUCACCUUCUCCUUCCCCUGCCAUCAGACCAGCCUGGACGCAGGGAUCCUCGUCACCUGGACCAAAGGCUUCAAGGCCACAGACUGUGAGGGAGAAGACGUGGUGGAGCUUCUUCGGGAAGCGAUCAAGAGGAAAGAGAUGGAGAACCCAGAGUUUGAGCUGGAUGUGGUUGCCAUAGUGAACGACACGGUGGGGACGAUGAUGACCUGUGCGUACGAGGAACCCAACUGUGAGGUGGGGCUGAUCGCAGGGACCGGCAGUAACGCCUGCUACAUGGAAGAGGCGAAGAACAUCGAGAUCGUGGAGGGAAACGAGGGACGCAUGUGUGUCAACAUGGAGUGGGGGGCGUUCGGAGACAACGGCUGCCUGGACGACAUCAGGACGAAGUACGACCAGGCGGUGGACGAGAACUCGCUCAACGAAGGCAAACAAAGAUAUGAGAAGAUGUGCAGCGGGAUGUACCUUGGAGAGAUCGUCAGGCAGAUUCUGAUCGAUCUGACCAGGCGUGGCUUCCUCUUCCGGGGACAGAUCUCAGAGACGUUGAAGACCAGGGGCAUCUUCGAGACCAAGUUCCUGUCCCAGAUAGAGAGCGACCGUCUGGCACUGCUGCAGGUCAGGGCCAUCCUGCAGCAGCUGGGGCUCGACAGCACCUGCGAUGACAGUAUCAUCGUUAAGGAGGUGUGCGGCACCGUGUCCCGCCGCGCCGCUCAGAUCUGCGGAGCCGGGAUGGCCGCCGUGGUGGACAAGAUCCGUGAGAACAGAGGAGUGGACCACCUGGACAUCACCGUGGGCGUGGACGGCACGCUCUACAAGCUGCACCCACACUUCUCUCGGAUCUUCCAGCAGACGGUGAAGGAACUCGCCCCAAAAUGUGACGUGAACUUCCUGCUCUCGGAGGACGGCAGCGGCAAGGGGGCCGCCCUGAUCACCGCCGUGGGCUGCCGCCAGAGAGAGCUGGACGCGCAGCAGCAGCACUGAGGAGCUCUACUAUACCUGUCCUGUUAGGAGGACUACCUGCUGCUCCACCGUGACCUUCACCCACCGCACAGCCCACCUCCAUCUCCCCCUUGGCAGCCGUGACUCCACCUCUGCCCCGCCUGGCCCGACCCCCCUCCGCCCCUGCCAGAGAGUCCUGCUGCAUGAAUAGGCAUUAAAUAUGAUAACAAGUCUUUAUUUAUACUGCACCAGAGGGGUUAUUAUUUACAUGUCUGUACAUUCUCCUCAACAGCUCGUCAGUCAACGGAUCAAUCUCAACUCCUUAGUGUGCAAUAUUUGUGUAUUGCUAAUUUUAUUUUUAUAUGGAGGCAAAUAUAUAAUUGUAUUUAUAUAGCUGAGCCACUUUGAAUCCCAGAGGUCAUUAGGAUUUCCACCAUGGACACAAGAAAAUGUCUUUUUCUAUACGAGAGUUCCAACACGCAGUGUAACGUCUAAAUGAAGGACGUCCUUCUCGCUCGUCUCUACAGGCUCCACUGGUUCACUGAACCGGUUCCAAAAGGGCUCGCUGCAAAGGGUCCAACGCAACGCAAGAGUCACGGCUGUUCAGAUCAUCCUCAUCUAUGUGCAACACCAUCACACUGUGUGCUUGGCUACUAACCACCUGUUUGUGUAACUAUCAGUGUAACUCACGUAUUAAAGUGUUCCAGCAGCGUCUCUUCCUCCGGAGCUGGAGGGCAGGAGAGCCCCACGCCGAGGUGUUAGCGGAUCCCGUUGCUACUCGUGAACUACUAUACUUUUGGUGUUGUGAUGAAUCCCACUUCUACUCAUCGUAUAUGUGCAGAGAAUCAAUGUUUAAUUGGGCCGGAGUGGAUACGACGAGCGCUUUGUGUGUGUAUUAGUGGCAGUGUGUCCUGCUGUAAUGACCUGUAGCUUUCAAUGUCCAAAGCUCUGUGGAGACUGCAUGCCUUACAUUAAGACAGAGGAGAGUUCUGGAUCAUCUUACCUUUCUGCGUUUCAUUUUUUACAUCCAUAUAGAUUUGUGAUCGACACGGUGAAAAGUGAAUUCAUUAAAUUAUAUUUUGUUGUGGAGUAAA